AUGGCAGUGAUUGUGACAUCAAUCAGGUCAAAGCUUGCAGAAUAUUUGGUGGCUCCAAUUUCACAAGGAGCUACUUAUUUGUUCUGCUUCAAGCAGUUCAUUGGAGGUGUUGAUAAAGCAAAACAAGAGCUCGAGGCAAAACUAGAAGACGUGAAAAAGCGCAAGGAAGAAGCUGACCGAAAAACUGAAGAAAUAAUGCCAUCUGUGAAGAAGUGGUUGGAUGAUGUGAAUGCAAUCCUAGAAGAGGAGCAAAAGCUGCAACAAGAGCUUGAAGGAGGACGAAACAAGUGUUUUAAUGUGUCACUCAGAUAUUCUUUAGCAAAACGAAUGGAAAAUAAGGCUAAGCAAAUGAUAGAUCUCAAACAAAAUUCCAGCUUUGAGCCAUUUUCUCAACUGAUCCAGCUUCCUGGCAUUCCUGACCUCUCUUCCAAAGAGUUUAUGGAUUUCAACUCAAGGAAAUCAACUUAUGAUCGUCUUUUGGAGGCAAUUAUAGAUGGCAAAAACAAGAUGGUGGGGCUGUAUGGUAUAGGGGGCUCAGGCAAAACAACUUUGGCAAAGAAAGUGGGCAAGAAAGUGGAUGAGUUGAAGCUUUUUGACAAGGUCGUCAUAGCAGUCGUUUCUAAACGCCCAAAUAUUCUGAACAUUCAGCAAGAAAUAGCAGAGCAAAUAGGCUUGCAAUUUAAAGAGGCAACUCAAAGUAAUAGAGCACAAAGGCUCUCAGAGGGAUUGAAAAAUAAGAAGAUUCUUAUAAUCUUAGAUGAUGUAUGGGAGUAUCUAAGGCUUGAAGAUAUUGGCAUUCCACCAUUUGGGGGUUGUCACAUCUUGUUAAUCACUCGCCUUCGAGAUGUAUGUGUCUCUAUGGAUUGUGAAAGUAAAAUUGAGCUGCCUCUCUUAACAGAGGAUGAGGCAUGGGUUUUGUUCAAGAUGCGUGCUAACGCAACCAAUGUCUCAACGAAUGAGUUCGAUAGCAUCGGAAGGAAGAUUGCUUAUGAGUGUAAGGGUUUGCCUAUAUCAAUUGUAACAAUUGGAAGCACAUUAAAAGAAAAGAGUAUUCAUACGUGGAGAUCAACACUAGAAAGGCUACUACGUCCCCCACCACAUGAUAUUGAAGAUGAUUUGAAGACCCCUUAUGUAACUCUCAAAGUAAGUUAUGAUAAUUUGCCUAGUCCGCUAGCUAAGUCGCUCUUCAUAUUGUGCUCUAUCUUUCCCGAGGAUCAUGAAAUCCAUAUAGAGGAUUUAAUUCGUUUUGGCAAAGGGACUCCUGAGCUUGGUGAAAGAAUUUACACAAUGGAAGAAACAAGGAAUAGGGUUUUAGCUAACAUUGAGAAAUUGUUAGAUUCUUGUUUGUUAAUGCAUACCAGUAAGCAGGCACAUGUAAAAUUGCAUGAUGUGAUUCGAGAUGUAGCCUUGUGGAUUGCGAAGAAGCAAUAUCAAAAAGUUCUAGUGGACAACCAAGAAAUUUCAAAGAUGUUAAUUGAUAACCACCAAAGUUUGAAAGAUACAAAGGCAGUGUCCUUGUGGAAUUUGGAUAAGGGUUUUGAGCUCUCUAAACAAUUGCAUUUUCCAAAACUUGAGAUUCUGCUACUUCAACCUUAUGGGUUCAUUCAAGAUAUUGGAGCAAUGGAGUCACUCAAAGUCUUGGCACUCAUAAGACAUGCAUUUGAGUGGGAAUUGCGGUGGUGGUAUCCAACAUUUGGUUCAAUUCCACAAUCAAUUGUAUCAUUAACAAAUCUUCACACCGUAUGCCUUAGAGGGAAAAUUUUGGGGGACAUAUCUCUUUUGGGUGAACUUAAAAGAUUGGAGAUUCUUGACUUACGUGGUUCUCGAUUUGAUGAAUUACCUGCUGGAAUUGUAGAUAUGAAAAUGCUGAAACUUUUGGAUAUAUUUGGUUGUCAAAUUGAGAAAAGCCCUUUAGAAGUAAUUGGAAGAUGUGAGCAGCUUGAAGAAUUAUACUUUUGGGACCACAAAUCUGUCAUCCCCAGAAAUUCUCUCUCUUUCAAAUUUGAAGAGGAAAUAAUUAUAAGCAAUUGCUCUGAAUUUGAGAGGCUCAUUGAUGAAGAAGCUACACAUGGGGAUCCACUAUUUCAUGAUAAGCAACAUCAUCCAUAUGGAAAGGAAACUGACAGUGCUUAUGUGGGCAUUACAACAAAAAGAUUCAAUCAGUUGCAAAAUCAGCAAUCCUUGAUCCUUUUUCUCAGGUUGAACAGUCUACAAAUUAGAAGGAGUGGAAAAAAGAAAGAGUUUAUAUUCAUAGCCAAUUGCUCUGAAUUAGAGGGGCUUAUUGGUGAAGAAGCUGCACAUGGGGAUCCACUACUUCAUGAUAUGCAAGAUCAUCCACAGAAACACGGGAACGACAUAGUGAGGGUGGUGAAGUCAGAAUUGUAUUCGCUAUCAUUACUUGAUCUACCAGAAUUAGAAUAUAUUUGGAAGGGCCCCACCCAAAUUUUGAGCCUCCAUAGACUUGAAAGCAUUACAUUGAGGGAAUGCCCAAGAUUAAGAAAUAUGUUCACUCUUGCUAUUGUUACAAGCUUUCCAGAGUUGAGGAGACUUUAUGUAAGAGGAUGCGAUGAAAUGGAGGGAAUAUUUUGUGAAGAGUCACUUAAGAAUCUGUCUACUACUUCCACUCUUUGCUUCCCCAAACUUGAGACCAUUUUUAUAUCUCGUUGUCACAAUGUGAGAAGAGUGUUCUCAUAUUCUCUGGCAUCUCAUUGUCCUUCAUUGAAGCAAAUAAUUAUAGAGAAUUGCUGUGAAUUGGAGGCGGUUGUCGAAGCCUAUGAAGGUGAAGUAGCUGCUCAUCAUCCAAGGCUGUUUCCGAAACUGAAUAAUUUGGAUCUCAGGAAGUUGCCAAAGUUGAAAGAGAUUUAUGAAGGUUAUGAAUUCAACCACCUUUCUGGUACUAUAACAAUAGAAGAUUGUCCAAACAUAUCAAAAAUCUAA